AUGUCGGGGCCUGGAGAACGCUUCCAUGUUUUGGCACAACUGGACCAUCUCCACUCUAAAUAUACUGGAACCGGACAUGCAGAUACCACACGGUACGAGUGGCUCACAAAUCAGUUGAGAGAUACACGAGCUUCCCAGGUAUUUUUAUUCUCCUUUUUUCUGCUUUUAGAAUUGACAUGA